UACCAUUCUUGUCUCCUCCCUAAGCUUCAUCUCUCACUCUCUCUCUCUCCCCAAUUAUUAUUUUUCUCCACUUUGAAAAAAAUAUCUCCUUGCUCCAUAGAAAAGGAUCAUCUCUGCAGUAUAAAGAAAAUAAAACUCUUCCUCGUUCUCCUCCCUCUGUCUCUAUCUCACUCUCUCUUCUGAAGGCGAGCGUCUUCCUCCCAUGGCAACAAUCUCAGAAGUGAUUAUUUAGCUUUACUGUCGUGUACCCUUUAUGGAUCUCGGGGUUCGGGUUCAAGGGUCGGUGCCGGGUCAUGAAAACGGAGCUCCGACUCAGUCGGAACUUGGAUCUGGGUUUGCCAAACAAGACAGAUCCGGGUUCGACGGCGAAGAUUAUUGGCGAAGCUCGAAGCUUGGGAGGACUGAGGACUUUUCAGGCUGCAAAACGCUGUCGUUUCAUCAGGGUAUUCCUCUACUUCGAUCUACUUCUCUUGUUUCCUCCGAUCCCCGCCGGCAAGAGCACAUGCUCAGCUUCUCUUCUUCAGACAAAUCCGAAGCUCUGGAUUUCAGCAAAGAUGACGGCUUGGAUAAUAAGAGCUGUCUCUCCCCGUAUCUUCAGCAGUUUGCCUCUUCUUACAGUAGAAAUGCAGGAUUUGAUUCAGGAGGGAUGAUGAACACAAGCAUGCACGGAAAUGUUACAGGAGUUAGAGGACCUUUCACAUUGACACAGUGGGCAGAGUUAGAGCAACAGGCGUUGAUCUAUAAAUACAUCACAGCAAAUGUCCCUAUUCCUUCUAGUUUGCUUCUCUCUCUCAAGAAGUCCUUUUACCCUUACGCCCAUGGAUCCUUACCUCCCAAUUCAUUCGGAUGGGGCUCUUUCCAUCUCGGAUUCUCGGGCGGAAACAUGGAUCCCGAGCCGGGGAGGUGCCGUAGGACGGAUGGUAAGAAAUGGCGGUGCUCGAGGGACGCUGUCCCGGACCAAAAGUACUGCGAGAGACACAUAAACAGAGGCCGUCACCGUUCAAGAAAGCCUGUGGAAGGCCAUUCUGGCCACAAUGCUGCGUCCAAGGCGGCGAUUCCAUCACCGUUGAAAGCAAGUGCUGCAUCCAAUCCUUCUACAGAUUCUCUUGCUAACAGGGUUCAAAAUUCACGAGGAGCGUCCGUGUUUCCUUCCACCGUCAGCUCGCAGCACAAGGAAUCUCCCGUGGCUCAUCAAAAGCAAGAAAACCCUUUCGAGUUCGGGCUCAGCUCCUCUGCUUCCCUCAUGAACAUGUCGCAGAAAUCUUCCUACAUGAAUUCUGCCAAAGGGUUUGGUUCUUAUCUUGAUUUUAGCGGCCAAGAAAAGCAUUCCAGCAAUCCGAACAUCGUCUCGUGGCCCGAAGAGCUGAAAUCGGAUUGGACACAGCUUUCUAUGUCUAUCCCGAUGGCUUCCUCGGAGUUCUCGGCCUCCCCUGCAUCUCCCGCGCAAGAAAAACUCGCCCUUUCGCCUCUAAGGCUGUCUCGGGAGUUUGACCCGACGAUCCAGAUGGGUUUAGGAGUCAACGCCGAGAUUCUUGAACCUGUCAAGAAGGUGAAUAACUGGAUACCGAUCUCCUGGGGAAGUUCAUUGGGCGGUCCUUUAGGGGAGGUACUGAACAGCACGACCAACAGCCCCAAGCUGGGAUCCUCCCCGACAGGUGUUUUGCAGAAAUCCUCCUUCUGUUCACUUUCCAACAGCAGUUCGGGCAGCAGCCCGGUUGGCGAGAACAAGAAGGGCGGCGAUGGGGCCGGGCUGUGCGAGGAUUUGCUCGGGCAGACGCUACUGAGCUCCUCCUCGGCUCCAUCGAUGUGAAAAAAAAAAGCAAGUAGUUCCGUGAUGGAUCUGCGAAACUGGAAGUAGUUUGGCCGUGGAAGUUUGUUUCUUGAUUGCAUUGUUUUUCUUCCUCUCUCUCUUGUUCGAGGAAACCCUAAAAGGAGAUGAUAGAGAGACAGACAUGGGUUUUUUUUUUAAUUAAAAAAAAAUGUUUUUGUCGGCCUGUGUCUUUCUCCAUUCCCGAUUUCUAAAUCCAUGGAUUUGUGGGUAUGAACAAGUUUAUGUUUGUGUAUUAUUGUUAUUCA